GAGGCCUUCAUUUGUGAAAGAAAUUCAUUUUACCCCAACGACCAACCAACAGACGAUCUAACCGAUCAACAGAAACCGAGAACCAACGAAGAACAAUCAAAUUCCACUCCAAAACCCUCUUUUCUCUGAAACCCUAAUUUUCAAAUCCACCACCACCAGCACCACCGCCAUGGACACUCACUCCUCUCACUUGACUGCACCAGUUCGUUCCCGGAGCUCCCAAUCUCCCUCUCCCUCCCACUCCGCCUCCGCCUCCGCCACUUCCUCCAUCCAGAAACGCAAGCUCGCCUCCUCCGACGACCACGCGCCGCCCUUCCCCUCCUCCUUCUCCGACACCCGCGACGGCGCCCUCACCUCCAACGACGACCUCGAGAGCAUCAGCGUCCGCGGCGCCGAAGACGACUCCGAGUCCGACGACGAUUCCGAGGAGGUCGUCGACGACGAUGAUGAAUACGAUGAUUCGUCGAUGCGGACCUUUACUGCGUCUAGAUUGGGGAGCACUGAGGUUCCUGCGAGGAAUACGAAGCUUAAAACUGAGAAUUCGGUUAAGGUUGAGCCUUCUGAGGUUGGGAAAGACGGUGGAACUGGUGGUUCCGGGGCUACUACUGCACCGGCCAAUGCUAGUUCGGUUCAGGGAAUUGCGAUGAAGGAGGAUACAGUGAAGAAUAUAUUUACCGAGAAUAUACAGACUAGUGGUGCUUAUAGUGCAAGGGAAGAGAGUUUAAAGAGAGAGGAGGAAGCUGGAAGACUCAAGUUUGUAUGUGUUUCAAAUGAUGGCAUUGAUGAGCAUAUGGUUUGGUUGAUAGGAUUGAAGAAUAUAUUUGCCAGACAACUACCUAACAUGCCUAAGGAGUACAUUGUUCGCCUUGUAAUGGACAGGAACCAUAAAUCUGUAAUGGUUAUCAGACGUAAUCAGGUUGUUGGUGGCAUAACAUACCGUCCUUAUGUGAGCCAAAUGUUUGGGGAGAUAGCAUUUUGUGCAAUCACAGCAGAUGAACAAGUAAAAGGUUAUGGCACGAGACUGAUGAAUCACUUAAAGCAGCAUGCUCGUGACGUUGACAGGCUAACUCAUUUUCUGACUUAUGCUGACAAUAAUGCCGUUGGUUAUUUCAUUAAACAGGGCUUUACGAAAGAGAUUCACUUAGAGAAAGAACGGUGGCAUGGUUAUAUCAAAGAUUAUGAUGGAGGGAUCCUUAUGGAAUGCAUAAUCGAUCCCAAGCUUCCAUACACUGAUUUAUCAACUAUGGUACGCCGUCAGAGGCAGGCAAUUGAUGAGAAGAUAAGGGAGUUAUCAAAUUGUCACAUCGUCUACCCUGGGAUUGAUUUUCAGAAGAAAGAAGCUGGUAUUCCUAAAAAAAUUGUCAAAGUUGAGGAUAUUCCUGGCUUGAGGGAGGCUGGGUGGACUCCUGAUCAGUGGGGUCAUUCUCGGUUUAAAACAGUAAUUGCUUCUGUUGAUAGUGCUUCUCAUCACAAAAAUCUGUCUCUUUUCAUGCGCUCACUUCUAAAGGCAAUGCAUGAUCAUCCUGAUGCUUGGCCAUUCAAAGAACCAGUUGAUGCACAUGAUGUGCCUGACUAUUAUGACAUCAUUAAAGAUCCCAUUGAUUUGAAAAAACUGUCGAAGCGAGUGGAGUCGGAGCAAUAUUAUGUAACUUUUGAGAUGUUUGUUGCUGAUGUCAAGAGGAUGUUUUGUAAUGCACGCACUUACAACUCUCCUGAAACGAUCUAUUAUAAAUGCACAAACAGGCUGGAAACCUAUUUCUUUGGCAAAGUUCAAUCGGGUGUUCAAUCUGGCCUCAAAAUCCAGCAUUGAUAAAUUUCAACUUGUAGAAAAUAAUCAUUUUUACUUUGUGUUGCGGUCGCUUGGAACAUUACAUUUUUUCUGUAGUAUGCUGAUAUAAUUUUGUUGUAUUACUUGGUUGAUUCGGCUUAGGAUCUCCACCUCCCAAAAGAAAGGGGGGGAAAAAAGAAAGAGGAAAUUAGUGUGAACAUUGUAUGAUAAUUUGUGUAUUGCUUGUUCUUUGCUGUUUGUGUAUGGGUUCUCUAGCUAUGAUAUUGGAAUCAAAAAAAAUAAGUAGGUGAUUCAGAAUCAA